AUGAAGUUCACUCACGUCUUGACCAUCGGCGCACUCGCAAUCUCGGGCACAGUCGCAGCCCCUGUAGACACCACCGCGGUGGGUGCUGCUACUCACACGUAUACCAACAACCCUGCCACCCAUCCAAACCAUGGUGGCUUCAACGGCGCCGGAGCCACCACCAGAGGCAGCAGGUGGUCAGGUGACAGAAACCGAGGCUUCGGCACAUACGCCAACUACCCAGCCAACUAUGGCAUAUAUCGUCGUUGA